GUUAAGACAUAGGAAAACGCCAUUUCAGUACGAUUGUAUGAUGCCAUUGACGAACCGCACUUGCACGCACCUAUCGCUUCUUUGGGGGGCAACGGAUCAAGGAGAACAGUUGUGACUUGCUCAUAGCCAUGGAAAACAAUGGCGAAAUUAACGCUGCUGCAUCAUCGACAGAAUAUGCAACUUCAACCGGAGAAACCCCGUCUCGAGACACCCCGCCCACGUUAUCUUUGGCCAAUCAGGACAGCGCAGACCAAGAAAACGACAACACCAACAAAAGCUUCGAGGAGAAACCCGCAAGAGCCAAAUUCACCUACCACCAGAAAGCCACAUUUGCCAGCGCUGUGCUGGCUUCACUGGCAAGCAUGAUGGCCUUUUCCAUUAUUUCUGUUUUCUACCCCAUCGAGGCAAAGGCGAAAGGGAUGUCACCGACUGUAAUUGGACUGGUGUUUAGCGCAUUCGCCUUCUCUUCAGGAAUUGGAUCACCAAUUUGGGGCAAAAUUAUUCCUGUUUUUGGAGCUCGUUUCAUUUUUCUGGCAGGAGCGUUCGUCACAGGUGGAUGCAAUAUCUUGUUUGGGUUUGUUAUUGACAUGCCAACCUACGCAACUUUCACUGCGUUCAGCUUCGCCAUAAGGCUCUUGGAAGGGCUUGGCACGUCGGCCACACUUACUGCGUCAUCGGCCAUUGUGGCGUUUAACUUUCCCGAGAACGUCGGAACAACAGUGAGCUUGGUCGAGAUGGCAGGAGGGCUGGCAUUUGCAAUCGGACCAGCAAUUGGUGGUGUGCUUUAUGAUGCUGACGGCUUCAGGCUUCCGUUCUUUGUCCUGGGCGGGGUUGUUCUAGCAAUAGAUGUCGUCAAUUUCUUCUUAUUGCCUCAGACAGGAAACAAAAAAGAAGAGUCUGGUCCAAUGAUUCGAGUUCUGAGCAUACCGGCUAUUUGGGUGGCCUUCCUGGCUGUUGCUGUGGCAGCGACUUGCUUCGCAUCCAUCGACCCAACGUUAGCGGUUUAUUUGAAAAAGCUUGAUUUCACUGUGAUGCAGAUCAGCUUACUCUUUCUAAGUUUCGGUUUACCAUACGCAAUUUUCUCCGUUAUUUGGGGAGCUGUUGCGGACGCAAAGAAAGCCACACGAAUUAUGAUCGUCCUCGGAGCAUUUGGCAGCGCACUUUUCUUCCUAUUCCUCGGACCGUCGCCAUUGCUGAACAUACACUCCUCCAAGCUGCUUGUUAUUCUUGUCAUUCCCACUGGCACCAUAAUGAUUAGCUUGAUCGUUAUGCCGACGUUUGUGGACAUGUUCAGCUCUGCAGAAUGGUAUGGUAUUCCUACCAACCUUGGGUUGUCGUCCAUACUAUCUGGCGUCUGGACGGGUGCAUUUUUUGUCGGGACUUUGAUAGGGCCCUUGCUUGGGGGCGCCCUGACGGAGAUCUAUGGAUUUGCUUUCGCAACUACAGUUUUAGCUGGGGUUUUAAUCAUUGUCAUGAUCGUGGUGUGUCUGUUUGGAGUCUGGGAGUAUCGCUGUGGCAAAGGGAGACGGGUCCCGAGAUCACGGCUUGAGAUGGAGGCUAACACAACUAACGAGGAACAGAAGCCACUUAUUUCAAGUGAUGUGUGAUGUGCGUUUCUGAAUACUUCCUACAAGUCAACUAUUGCUGGUCCAAUUUCAUUAAUUGACUGACUGAUUGACUUGACUUCAGUAAUGGUACGUUCUUAAAAGUCAUGGACGUUAUGAGGUCAGGCUGUGUGCAAGGAUAGAGAACAUAUAAGUAUUAAUUAGUUUGCAUCAAAGGGUACCAGCGACGCUCUAGGCUGGCCUAGUCUUCUUUUCAGAGGUUCUACGCCCAAUUAUUAUAUGUGUACAGCACUUAAUUUGUUUGGGAGGCCUUGUUGCAUGUUUAAAAUUACUAACUAACACAUUAACGAGAUUCUUCUAUGACGGCACAAAGUAGAUUAUUUUUGUCAUAUAUUAUCAACUUAUUUAACCAUAUAAUUAUUAUAACAACUUAAGUAAAACCUAUUAUGUGUACUACUAUACACUAUUUUUUAUUGAAAUUAGACUUUGUUGGUUAUAUUUCUUUAUCGGGAUAAUGUGUAUAUUGGUGUUUGGGAAUUAUAGUUUCUUAAUUGCUUGUAUCAAAGCUGAAGGUGCGAACCAUGAAUUUCCGGUGUUAUUCUAUUCAUCUCUCUUACAGGAGAUUCAUUGUUUGUUUAUUUGUUUGUUUUUUUUUAUAUAUAAAAAGUCCCAACAUUCAUUGCUUCCACAUGGUGAUGGGAAGUACUUUCAACGGUGGCGUUCGAGUAGCUUGUUUGUGUAUACACGGUUGUACACUCGAUGAAGUCACAAUAUGAGGCUAAUAAGACUGAAAGCUGGAUUGGAUUUAAUCCAGAUUUCGGGAACAAAGCCCUGAUUGUCUAACAGCAUAGUAUCAUCUACAAUGAUCACAGAAUGGCCGGUCUUAAAUUUCGCUAGAUCAGACCGAGGCUCAUUGGGGCCAUGCCAAAUGGGGCCAAUUUUGCACGUAAUCAAUAUUUUGAGAACAAGAAAGAAACCUGUAUCAUUUGAUAGUUUGGCACUUAUAGAUAAUGGAAAUAUAACUCAAACACAAUUUAGAUCAGACCUUUAAGAGCGGCGCGAAAAGCGCAGAGGGGCGUGGCCGUCACCCGUCUUCCUUUUUCACUGAUACCGUAGCAACGCGACGAUAGAAAAGAAAACGAAACCAAUUUCUACUGAUGCCUUGGUACUUGUAGAACAGACUUAUUAACUUAGUAGCGGCGUACAUAUUCGCUUAUAUCCUCGCAAUGCACUUUUAAAUCCAAGUGCCAAGUUUCCCUGACAGGUUUGCUGCAGUCUUUCAGAUAUUUUUUUUUACACCACGUUUAUGAAAAGAGGCACACGUUUGUCGUAAAAUGUCCAUUUUCCAAAAACAGGUGGGCCUAACUGUAUACAUGUACACAGAUUUGCUAAAAAAAUUAGAAUAAAAAAACAAAACCAAUUGUUACUGAUGCCUUGGAUGUUGCUGAAAUUGAAAAUGUAUCUUAAGAGUGAUUUUAGACCAUACUAAUCAACUUAAGAGCGGCGCAAAAAGCACGUAGGGGCGUAGCCGCAACAUUGGUGGCAAACGGGUGUAUUUUGAAGGGGAAAAAUCAUUGUCAAUGUUCAAGGUCUUCUUUUUUUUUUUUUUUUACCAGAGAUUAAACCAAUUUUCUAGCACAGGUUGUGAAUAAUGUUUUGAA